AUGCUCUCAGCCGCUCGCGCGGCGGCCGAUUUGCUGCUGCCAGAGCUGGGCCGCGGGCUGAGCACCGGCGUUGCGCUGUACGCGGCUAACCAGGGGCACGCGCAGUGCCCCGCGUGCUCGUGCGCGCCGCAGUUCCACUGCCCUGAGCUGCGGUGCGACUGCUCAGGCCUCCAGGGCUCGAGCAGCCACGGGCCCAGCCUGUGGGCCGUGGCGCUGGCCUGCGCCGCCAGCGGGCUCGUCGGGGCCUUCACCGCCGUGCUGGCCUUCUGGCGCGCGGGUGGACGCUUCGUGGCGGCCCGCCGCCCACAGGUCGGUGGUGACAGGGAACCGGACUUCGAGGAGGAGGCCCGCACUGCAGCAGUGAUGGCGGCGCCGGCGGCGCCUGUGCACCCGUCAGUGGCCGCGGCAGGUGUUCAGCCCGGCGACUUCAUCGGGGUGCAGUACCACGUCGCGGGCGGGGCCCUGAUCCACGAACGCGUUGUGGUGCUCGUGCCGCCAGGACUUCCUGGCGCGGCUUGCAUCAUCACGCCCGAUGCGGACGAGUACGAGGAGCUGUACGUGGGCUCGCCGGACGUGCUGCGGUGGGACAUCUUCCCGGGCGGCGCGGCGGGGGGCACGACGGCGUGGGCGCCUGGCGCCCGCUACUACAGGUUCCGCAGCUUGCCGACGCCGGCCACGCUGCUCACCGCCGCGGCCGCAGCCGCUGGGCGUCUCGGCCUUGCCGCCCCGCCUGGCCCCAUCGUGGCCAACGCAGGUGGGCGGCCGCUGGCGGCGCCGGCGGCGGCGGCCGUGGGUGCGCUGCUGCCUGCCGCUGCGGCCCCGGCCGCCGCCCCCGCUGCAGGCGUCGCCGGGCUGGUGGCCGCGCUGGGGGGCCCCGCGGGAGCGCCCGGAGCCCUUGUGCCCCUCGGGCCUGGCGGUGCGGCGGCCCCGGCCCCGGCGCCCGCGCCGGCGCCCGCGCCGGCGCUCCCAGGCGCUGCUGCCCACGCUGCUCCGCCUGGCGCGCAGUCGGACGCCCGCGUGCUGCCUGUGGCGUACAAUGCCCUGGGCCAGAGGAAGCUGGGCUUCUCGGAGGCUGUGCUGCGCCUCGUGGAGCAUGACUGGCCGGACUGGCCCAUCUCAGGGCCGAGGACGACGCUGUGGGUGUGUCUGUUCAUGAAGGACAAUGGCAUGUCGCCCCUGGGCCGCCACAUCAAGUGGCGGUCGGAGGGCCGCCUGGCGCUGACGGACGCGGGGGUGGCCGAGCACGAGCGCUGCUGCUUCUACUUGGAGCAGAUGGUGUGCUACGAUUUGCUCAAUGUGCCGGACGUGGCUGCAGCGGAGAUGGUGUGCAGGGCCGUGCGCCAGCGGCUCCGCCGUUCCGACGUGCUGCUCCACUGGGCCGACCAGGGCAUCGACGCGCUCAACUGUUUGUAUGGCCAUGCUGGUGCCCCUCCGUCGGCGCCCGCGAACCUGGGACAGCAGACUAGCCUGGAUUUUCUGGAGGACUGCUACCUGGGGAUGGGCGCGAUGCCGAGCGAGCCAGGUUUUUGUGAAGAAGCCCUCCGCGAGCUUCUCAGUGGCUCCACCGUCUACUCCGAAGAUGGUGGCGCACGGGUCCCGUACUCGAAGGAGCUGGUCUCCUGGCCUGAGGUGGGUUCCAGCCCCGUCGACCUUGUGGGCUGCCUCACUCAGGAUGAUGCUGAUUGGGCACGGGAUUGGUACGCCAUCGCCUACUUCCACCCGGCGCCGGCGACACGGCUGCCUACGGCGGCAGCGGUGUCUUCGGUCGAGUCGGGCGGCAUGCCCUUGUGCGUGGCGGCCGGCGACCUCGACAAUGCCUUCUACCGUCUCAGGCCGAUGUCCGGCUUGGAGGACUACUUCACGCUGCCCCCGCUUUCCUCGACCCUAGCGGGCAUCUCGGAGCUGGAGGGGGUCAGCAUUCCGGCAGGGGCCAGCUUGGCUCCCUGCCUUACCAUCCUGCCCAUGGGGUGGUCGUGGGCGAUGCACUUCUGCCAGGCUGUGACCAUGCGCGCCAUCUCCUUGGCGGGCUUCGCGGAUUCGCAGAUCGUGGAGGACGGUCGGACCAGCGUGGCCCUGCCCGCUCGCUCGGACACGGCGGCGGCGGGCUACGUGGACAACUUCUACGUCUUCGGCCACGUCGCCUCGCUGGUCACUCAGCGCCGGGACGACGUGUCGGCCGUCUUGCGCGGGUGGGGCCUGACCGUCCAUGAGGAGACGGAUGCCUCCCCCGACGCCGUGCUGGUGGGCCUGGAGCUCCGGCAAGGCCGCUGGCUGUCCAUCAAGCGCCGCAACCUGUGGCGGCUCCGUGCGGCGCUGGAUACCGUGCUGCGCCGGGGCUGCUGCUCCAGCGAGAUGCUUGAGGUGCUGGUGGGCCACAUCACGUGGGCCUGCUUGAUCCGCCGUGAGCUGCUGUGCGCGCUGUGCUCCGUGUACCCGUGCAUAGCGGCCGGCCUUCCGACGACCUCGCGGCUGUGGCCCUCCGUGCGCCAGGAGCUGUGGCUCGUCCGCUCGCUGCUCCCGCUCCUCCAGAAGGACCUGAGCAGCCCGUGGCACGACGUGGUUCGGAGCCUGGACGUCUUGGGGCUGGAAUCCUUCAUCCGGGUGCACCCGAGGGAGUUCAUGGAGGUGCCCAAGGAGUUCUUCGACGGGGCUCGCUGGGCUCCUGUUAUCGCCUCAAGGGUCGUCGUGCCCGACAACAUUCUGGCUCUGGAGGGGGGCGCGUGUGUCUUGGGCAUCAAGCACAUCAUGAGGCUGACGGGCCGAUACCUGCAGGAGCCGACCUCGAUGGCGGGUGCCUCGGCCUCUCGCCGCCAGGCGGAUCGCCACCGCAGAGCCGCGGCGGCUCGCCAGGUGGCGUCCGAUCGGGGGCCUUCGGGCGGCCUCUCGUUGCUGGAGCGCACGGCGGUCAGGCCGGGCACGGAGCGCCUGUGCCAGGUAUACCUCCGGGCCUCUCUGCAGUUCUGCCUGGUCAUGACCAUCGACUGGACGACCGAGGUAGAGAUAGACGCCGCCCUGGUCACGUACCUGAAGUCGAUGUACGUCGUGGGCCGCGCCACGAACGAGGGCUCCGUGCUGCUGGCGUCGCUGGCGUACUACGCGCCGGCGCUGCAGAAGAGGGCGGCUCUGGCCUCGCCGAGGGCCUCGCGCUGUCUGGCGGGCUGGCGCCGGCGUGUCCCGACCAGGAUGUGCCUGCCGCGGCCUCGCCGGGCCGCCCUCGCCAUCGCCGGGAUGCUGGCGGCCUGGGGCCAGCCGCGCAUGGGGCUCUUCGUGAUCGCGGGCUGCGGACCCUUGUGGGACCUCCGGCCUACGUCGAUUGCUCGGCUCUUCGUGGAUGCGUGCCACGCCCUGGGCUUGAUGCACUUGCAGCCGCAUCUGUACUCUCGGCGUCACCAGGGCGCCAGCAAAGACCUGCUGUCGGGCGCCAGGACGCCGGAACAUGUCAUGCAGCGGGGUCGCUGGGCCACAGUGGCCUCGCUCCGCCGCUACAUCAAGGAGACCCGCCUCCUCCGGGAGGCCGCCGAGGUGGACCCCGACGUGCUGCUGUUCGGCGAGGUCGUGGACCGCAGCUUCUUGGACGGGCUGCGGGUCGGCCGCCUGCUGCCGCUGGCCGUGCGGCUUCACCUGCAGCGGCGGUACCGCCGAGCACGUGCUGGCGCGACCAAGUGGAGGAGCUGCCUGUUUCUGGAGCUGUUUGCAGGGCAGGGUCGCAUCGCCAGGCGCAUCCGCGACCUUGGCUACGGGUGCCUGGACCUGGACCUCGUUCACGGGGCCUGCGAGGAUCACCUCCACACCACGUUCGAGUCGGUCGUGCGCGGGUGGCUUCUGAGCAAGGCCAUUGUAGGUCUGUGGCUGGGCACUCCCUGUACGUCCUGGUCGCAGGCUCUCAGAGACCCUUUGCGCUCCAUUCGUUUCCCCAUGGGGAUGCCAGGUUUGUCUGGACCUAGGCUGGACCGCCUGCGCGUUGGCAAUCGCUCUUUCUACUUUUCGUGCCGGCGCAUCCGGCUCUGCAUCCAGAUCGGCUGCCCUGUCUUUUUGGAGAACCCUCGCGGGUCGCUGCUUUGGCACGCCCCCGAGAUGGUCAAGCUUCUUUCGGAUUCUUCGUGCACUAUUCACAAGAUGGACAUGUGCCGCUUUGGCACACCCUUUAAGAAGCCGACGACAGUGGCCGGCUGGAAUGCAGGCGUCUUCCCCAGCUUAUGUAAGUCUUGCUCUGGCAACGGUGGCAUCUGCUCGUCGACUGGCCUGCCCCACCUUAUCCUCCAAGGCCGAGACAAAGGUGCGCCUGCCCGCCGCACCGAGCUUGCUUCAGCGUACUCGCCUCAGUUCGCCCGCGCA